AUGAAUUAAAAUUUCACAAAAUAAUGUUCACUACAUAAAGGAUAAGAAAUUAUUGCUUUGAAUUAAAGUAAAUAGGAAAUAGAAAACAAAUAGCUAUGUUUAAAAUGUUUGGCUGAAACUUCGAAACAAAAAGUCAUUUUGAUCUCUGAGUCAUUAGAGUAGAUUGGAGAGAUAACAUCUAAUUUGAAGCAAGAAAGACAUACUCAAUAAGAAAAAAAUGUUCAAGUUAUAAAGGAUUUAAUGGAUAAAGUAUAAAAUAUAAAGGACUCUUAUCUCUAAUAAUUUGAAAAAAUCUCAUAUACAUUAGAAAGGUGGGUAUAAAUGAUUUCAAAUUAAGAAGAGGAAUUUAAUGAAAAGAUAGACUCCGUUUCCUGUAUUGAUAUUGGUGAAUUUGUUAAUUUUGUUUAGGAAUUGGGCACUUAAAAAUUAUCGUAUAAUGAAGAAUUUAAAAUAGAUUUAAAACAAAAAUUGGAAGCAUUGAUAGAGAAUAAUAUAAUUUCAAAUUGCAUUCAAAGUUUGUAAAAUUUGGAUGCAAUAAAGAAUGAGUUUUAAGUUUCUGAUGAUGACAAUGUAAAGAAGUUAAUGAUUAUUAAAGGAUUUUAAAAUUGAGUGUGAGCAACACUAAAAGGAAAAGAUAAUAUUAUUCGAUUUGAGUGAAGUGAGAGCUUUAAAGAAACGUAUUGCUUGCGUUUAAUGUGUUGAUGAAUUUCCUUCAACAAAAUACAAAUCGAUAAAGUUUGUUUAAGGAAAAUGGAAACAGAUUCAAACAGAAAAAUAAGAAAAUAUGAAUAAUAAUUGUAAGAAUUUAAAAUUGAAAGUGGAUGAAAUUAUUGAUUGUUUUGAUUAAAUAGAAUUAUAAAAUAAAAUUUUAACGAAUAUUUAGAGAAAGUAAAGGCUCAAAAUUAUUUAUUGUAAUAAAAUUGGAGUCACCUUUCUAAAGAAAAAAUUUGUGAAAUUGCAGAAGAUUUAAGUAAACCAAACAAAAGUAAAUUAAUUUAGGAUCCUUUGA